AUGGGUUCAUUCAAGUACGCAUAUAACCAAGGGUCAAGUGUGGUCAAGAAAGAUACAACAAACCAAGUGAUAUUUCCUAGGGAUUUUCCUCUUGAAAAAGAGGAGUUAAAGGGAUAUGUGAAACAGAACUUUAACUUGACAGACUUGGGCAAGAGCAAGUUGUUUAAAAACGAAGAUGGUAUGGCUGCUUUGCCGACUUCAAAGUUUACGAAGCAUAAUUUGACGAUUUUCAAUAGUGAUGCAAAUAUUAAUCUUAAUUUGAAGAAAUGUGAUUCCAAAUUAAAGUCGACAUCAGUGGUGGAAAUAGACAAGGCUAAAAAUAUCGGAGUCUCGUUACCGGAAAUCUUGACUAACUUCCUUGAGGAGUGUGAGACAAAUCCAUAUUACAAGGAGUUAGCACCAUUUUUCAUUGACGAACUCAAGUUACAGUUGAAGCACAAUGUGGUAGAAAAAUACUGGUACAGACUUGCGGGAUCUUCCGUGUGGUUGGAACAAUACGGUGUUCAUUUUAUGAUUUCAAGAAUUCUUUACAGUCCUAAGGGUGCCAGAAACCAGCCUAUUAUAUCUUUAACUUAUGCGCAGAUCUUUUCGAAGGAUUGGAAGGAGCUCACCAAUACAAAGUUGGUGGUUCCCACAAACUACAUUGAUGGAAUGGAAGACACAGAAAUGAUUGAUGACCAGAGAUUCGAAGCAUUAAAGUUUCCAUAUUUCUUACCUAUUCCUUUUUGGCAUGAUUGCGAUAAUGUUGAACACAAAUACUACGGGCCUGAAGACCCAAGAAUUUUACUCGUUAAGAAUACUAGAGGGUACCUAGAACCCUUGAUUAUAUUUAACGCUUACCAUCGCAAAUUAUCACGUUAUGAUGAUGACGAAGACGAUGGCUUAGUUUUAAAACAAGACUUCUAUAGGUCCAUGUUCAUGAGUUGGCCAUGGCAAUUCCAAAUGGGUAAAUCGAAUACAGAUGGUAUGGGCAAUAAAGAAUUUGAUAGUAAGCUUUAUAACAAAGUAAUUGAGUUAAAGAUUAAAAACAUACCAAGGCAAAAGAAACAAAAAAAUUGGACUCCAUUUAUUAGUGAUAACUUGAGAACUAUACAUGGCUAUGAUAAAUUUGUGAAUUUUGUUUACAGGUGGGCUAAUUUUGAAGUAUUGAAAUGUGAUUUAAUCAAUGAUUCAGGAAGCUGUUCAUUCACCUAUAGAUUAAACCAUAAGAUAUCUACUGAGUCACAAGUAGGGCCACUAAGAGGUGGUACUGAAUUGAAGAAUAUAAAUGACUUAAUUAGAUCUCAAACAGACCUACCACUUGAAACAUUAUUGCCGCCGCACAGAGAAAUUUGGGUUGGAUUUGCUAGAGCUCAUUUAGAUAAGUGUGGAUGUGGUAAUAAUAUGUAUAGACCAAACAUGGUGGUUCUUGUUAAGGAUUCAGUUUUGAGUAAAAAGAAUGUUAAUGAUCCUAAAUCUCCUAAAGUGUUCAAAGACUUUUAUAAGAUUAGUCAUAUUAGUUCAUCAAUAUCCUUUGAUAUUCCCAUAAUUGGUUGGGACUUAGAAAAUCCAAAGGACGUCUGCAUAGGAUCGAAUAUUUUGAUUCCAAAUGGUAUUUCUUCCUGGAAUAUUAAGUCUAUUAAAGAAAAUACUAAGACUGGUUUUUUCGACGCUGAUGAUUACAUGACAUUGUCUUUAUCUAUUUCUGAUUUCACGGUUCACACCAUAAAUAUUAAGGGAUUAUUGAAUCAAAUUCUAAACUUGGAUGAUAAGUCUUUGUUUUUGCCCGUCGAUGAUACCUCGGAAGAUGGAUCUUUUACAUCAAAUAUUAAAAACUUGCAUAUACCGGAUAUCAAUAUAGUUGAUAAUCCACGUAAGAAUAAUUUGAUAUGGCUUACAGGAUAUAAUAACGAUAACGUUGUUUGUGCAUUAGACAGUUCUACCAAAUUCUGCGCUGCUUAUGGUAUGGCAAAUGAAAAGUCUUUCCAAGAUGAUAACGAAGAUUAUGAUUAUGAUCUCAAUGACGAUUUCGUUGAUCCUAACGUAUCCAAGUACGAACAGGAUCUCUAUUUAUACAAGCUUAAUGAAGAAUUAAAAAAGAGGCCGAACAGAAUGAAUAAAAGACCACCACCUAGGCAACUGUCUCCUGAAAGGAACUCUGGUAGACAAGAUAUACCAUCCUCAGACAACAAAGAUAAAUUCAAACCAAGUAUUUCGAAUCCUAAUGACCCUGCAAAGUCCUCCAAUUCGGACUAA